AUGGCCCGUGUGUGCGUCUUCGGAGCCGGUGGCGUAGGAUGUGUAUACGCUUACAUCCUCCAUGAAGCCGGCUGCUCAGUCACAGCAGUCUGCCGGACCAACUACCAAGCCGUCAAGGACAACGGCAUACUGAUACGCUCCAAGAUCUUUGGCAGACAACAAUUCAAGCCAACAACCGUACAGAGCGUCUCAGAAGCGGUACAGCAUGGACCCUUCGACUACCUACUCGUCUGCAGCAAAGCUUUCCCUGGCACGGCGGCGAUGAUGAAGGAAGCAGUCACGCCUGGCAAGACCGCUAUCGUCCUAGCUCAGAACGGCAUCGGUGGCGAGGACGAAUAUGCGAGACUCUAUCCCGAGAACACCAUCAUAUCAGGCGUGGUGUACCUCCCAGUGACCCAGGUCGAGCCCGGCGUCGUCGAACAUGGCCCACUCGAGCGCUUCGAGAUAGGCACCUAUCCCCCUGACGCUCCCUCUACUGCAAAGGCCCAGGCGCAGACCCUGUCGGACCUGUUCAAAGCUGGCGGGGGCUCUACACCCGUGUUUGCCGACGUGCAGCCCCAACGCUGGAUCAAAGUUUCCGUGAAUGCUGCCUGGAACGCCACGACGGCUCUCACGACCUGUGAUGACGCGAACUACCUCCGUUCUUCUCCCAUUGCCGAGCCUGUGGUAAGAAACAUCAUGCAGGAAGUUGGCCUUAUUGCAUCUGCAGAUGGCUAUCCGGACGUCAUCAGCGACGCUGUCAUCGAACGAGAUCUCGAGAGACCGAAAAGUCGACUAGCCACUGGUGGCAAGGAGCCCUCCAUGUUGACGGAUGUUAGACACGGACGACCGAUGGAUGUUGAAGCCAUCCUGGGCAAUACGCUGCGGAUAGGGCAGAAACACGGCGUCAAGACGCCUUGUCUGGAGAUGUUGUACGCCUUGGCUAAGGCGAGGAAUUUCGCGAUCGCGCCAGAUGAGACGUGGGUGCCUAUAGCUAGACAUGACUGA